AUGGUUGACUAUUCAGUUUAUUUGGUUACUGACUCAACCAUGAUCCCGGAGUCUUCUACCUUUUUGAAACAAGUAGAGGCUGCUAUUAACAAUGGGGUAACAAUUGUCCAAUUACGUGAAAAAACAUUAUCCACUAGAGAUUUUAUAAAGAGGGCAGAGGAAGUACAUAAAUUGACCAAAGCUAAGCGUAUACCCUUAAUAAUUAAUGAUAGAGUCGAUGUUGCAUUAGCAAUAGAUGCUGAAGGAGUUCACGUAGGUCAAGAUGAUAUGCCUGCAGCUACUGUUCGAAAUAUGAUUGGAUCUGAAAAGAUCUUAGGUGUUACUUGUUCAAAUACAAAAGAAGUUCAAGAAGUGGUGGAGCAAGGGAUAGCCGAUUAUGUUGGGUUAGGGACUGUUUUUGCUACAAAUACUAAGAAAGAUGUUACAAACCCAGAGGGUGUUGGACCAAUUGGAAUAAGAAAAAUGUUACAUGAACUCAAAAAAUCAAAAAGUCCCAUUCAUUCGGUGGCUAUUGGUGGAAUUAAUCGAUCAAAUGCUGCAAGAGUAAAAACGUUAUGUAGUGUCGAAGAUAAAGCAAUAGAUGGUGUAGCUAUCGUUUCAUGUAUUAUGGCUAGCGAAGAUGCGGGAAAAUCCACUGUUGAAUUAUGUGAACAGCUAAGUACUAAACCAGCAUGGGCUCAUACUGAAAUUUAUAAAGAUGUGUUACCAUUAUCUGCAAGCAUUAAUCGUAUGGUGAAACUGCAACCAUUGGUACAUCACAUAACAAAUAAUGUUGUUAAAAAUUUUAGUGCAAAUGUAACGUUAGCAAUUGGUGCUUCACCAGUAAUGUCAGAGUUACCUCAAGAAUUCAAAGAAUUUGUUACAAAUGUUCCAAACAUUGCCUUAGUUGUGAAUUUGGGGACUCCAAAUGAUGAAUUAAUGAAAGUGUUUACAACUGCUAUUGAAGUAUAUAAUGAAGCGGGAAAACCAAUUGUAUUUGAUCCAGUUGCAUGUGGUGCUUCUGAAGCAAGAUUUGAAGCUUGUAAAAAAUUGCUAAAUAAAGGUCAUGUGUCAGUCAUCAAAGGUAAUGUGGGUGAGAUUAUGAGUAUUUGGAAGUUGACUUCUGCCUGUAAUGAUGAAAAUAAAAAUGAAAAUCAUAUGAGAGGCGUUGAUUCAACUGCUAAAAUUGAUGAAAAUACAUUGUUCAAGUGUGCUAAAGAAAUUGCUGAUGAAUUUUUAUCCGUUGUUGUUAUAACUGGCCCUAAAAAUUACAUAAUAUCCAACGAUGGUAGAUCAACUACUAUAGAAGGUGGAAGUAAACUAAUGGGGAACAUCACUGGAACCGGAUGCUCAUUAGGUAGUACAAUUGCAUCAUUUUUGGCCGUUGAAGCUGCUGAAGCUAGUUUAGGAGUUGGAGAUUUGUAUGCAGCAACUGUUGAUGCUGUAAAUGUUUAUAAUACAGCUGGAAAAAACGCUGCUGCCAAAACAAAUACUCCAGGAUCUUUUAUGAUUAAAUUUUUAGAUGAAUUAUAUACUUUAACUCAUAAAUGA